AGUCUAUGCCGCCGUGGUAGCGCGGCGCGGCGCACUUGUUUAUGUGCCGAACAGCUGUUUAUCAACAACAACAAAGACUCGUGCGACGGCGAUCGUGUCGAGGGCCGAAAUAGGUUUCAGUAUAGUAAUAAUAAUAUUACCAUUUACUAUUUAUCAUUAUUAUUACAACAGUUUCGUUUUCGUAUGCGCUGCACUACUGCACUUCGCAGUCUACGCUUUACUAUAAUAUAGUGAUUGUGCAAAGCUCGCCACACACAUCGAUCAUAAUUAAUUAGUGUAUUGGAAUUUGGAUUUAUUUUCCGUUUUUCUGACGUUGUUGGUUCGUAUUACGCGCGUUCCAUGAGACGAACGUCACUGUUUAUCGUCCACUUUGCAGACGCCGCCGCCGUCGGUUAUCGUUAUUGAGGAUCGGCUGUAGCCCCGUGGGGACGACGGACGCUAUGAACCGCUGUCCCGUGAUGAGCUCGCAGUACGACGUCGAGCGGCGGUCCCAGUGCCCGGCGGCGGCGAUACAUAAGCCGUCACCCGACACCGAUGACUUGCACGUUUGUGAGCGAAUCGUCAUCAUGUUCAUACAGCUCAAGAACUACCUGGGCUCGUAUUGGCUGGUCCCAUGGUUUUUUGUCUACAUCUACCCCAGCAUACUUGUCUAUGAAUCUUAUGGUUUUGUUGGGCCUUUUGUUUAUUGCAACAUUGUUCAGAUACUAUUUUUUAUUGUAUUUGAAUUUUGGGAUGAAAGUUUUAAUUGGACACCAUUACAUGAUACCGUAAGAAUAUACUCAUCACAAAUUCUUGGACAUCAACUCAUAACAAAAAGUGUUGAUGAAAUGAUUUUGUUUUGUAUUUGGGUUUUCUCUUGGGCUGCAGUCCCUUCUAUAUGUUAUGCAAAUGAACAUAUAUUUGAAUUACCUAUUGAUCGUCUGGAACGGUUAACUUCAUAUUUGUCCAUGAUGACUGUUACAUUCAUAUUGGCUUAUGUUAUCAUUUUACUUUGGAUUGACAUGAAUUUGUUAGAAAUAAAAUCAAGUAUAAAUAAUCAUAACACAAAUUCAAAAGUGUCAUUACAUAAUUAUGACCUUAUAGAUGAUUUAAUUGAACCUGACGACAUACCUGAUUUGGAAACUGUAUAUGAAGAUAUCUCUAUUACAAAUGAGUUCAAAAUAGAAAACACAUUUCUGGACUUUUCAGAAGCAGUAAAUGAAAAUAUUAUUGAAAGUGAAGAAUUUCGUAAUUCUAGAAUAGUUGAACAAGGUGAAGAAGCCAAAGAACAAGAAAUGGAUGUUAUAUCUUUGUCAUCAAGCACAUUAAGUGACUUUGAUGUAAUAACUGAGGAAGAAAUAGAUUUACUUAAGUAGUGUUUUUUUUCAAGAAUAUUUCAUAGUAUAAAAAUAUUGCUUUUUGUAAGCAAAUAAAUAAUAAAAAAAAAUUAAUAUUUUGGUAAUUAAAUCUUAGAUGAGAAUAAUUUCUCUUUAGACAUUUGAUCCAUUACAUUGAAGCUUGUGACAUAAUAUUAUAUUAAUUUAAGUUCCUAUUUUUUAUGUUUAAUAUACAAACAUAAAAGAGAACUUUUUUUUAAUUUGCCUUAUAUUUAUGAAAAGUCUUAGCUCAAAUAUUGUAUUCCAUGUCAUUUUUAAUUAAUGCAAUUAGAAACUUAUUAGUUUCUAUAAGCUGAUUCUAUAUGAAUAUGACUAGUUAACUUGUACAGUAUUCUUAUUUUUGAUGGCAUGUUCUCUUAUGAUAAUUAUGUUCAUCAUAUAUUUAUGUUAUUUGGUUUUUCUUUUUUUUUUAAUCAUUUAAUACCACCGUAAAUUGAACAAUUGAUCUCAAAUUUGUAUUAAAAAUAGUCAAAAACAUAAUAGUGUCAUUUUAUAAUCAAAUUUCUAUUAUUCAUUGAAUGAAAACCGAUAUUUUGGCUUUUACAUGAACUGAUUUCAUACUUAAACAUUGUUUUAUUACCAAGCCAUAUUAUAAGCAUUAUAUCUGAAUGCUUAUGAUAAUUUUGAAGAGGUUUUGUUUGUUUAUUAUCAAACUAUGUCAACACAACUAAAACAUUUAUGCUAUUUAUUUAAAUAAUAAAUAUUAAAUAACAAUAAAUAUAUUUUUUUUAUACAUAUUUCUAAAUAUUAAAUUAUCUUAACAAUUGAGUAUAAUAUUUUAUGUUGUCUUAUUAAGUAUAUAUUAUAGUGUGUUAGAUUAAAUAUUUUUAUUUUUUUGAAUUUCAAAACAAAAUAAUAAUUACAACAUGCUUGUGAAAUUAGAUUUAACUAUAAAUUCUAUUUUUAUCUUGGUUUUAUUAUGUUUUCAUACAUUAUGCAGUUGUUAUAUACCUAUUUAUUUCAAAAUUUAUUUUUAACUAAAAUCUAAAAAAUCAAAUUUAUUGAUGAAUUAUAUCAAACAUUGUAAAUCAAUGAUAAUUUUUCUUGUUUUUUUCUUGUUUUGUACAAGUUAGCAUUUAAUUGAAGUAAAAUAUUUUAUGAGAGA